AUGGUCUUGAUUGCCACGGCGGGCGUGGCUGCGUUCUGGCUGCUGUCCGCGCCCGUUCGGCUUGCUGCAACCGAUCUGGCUGUCUUCGAAGCGCACGAACCCGAUCUCGCCAACGGCGAGAACCUCUUCUGGGCGGGCGGCUGUGCAUCCUGUCAUGCAGCGCCCGAUGGCGAAGGCGACGCCCGUUCAAUCCUGUCCGGUGGUCUGGCUCUCGAAAGCCCUUAUGGCGUGUUCGGCGUUCCGGGCAUUUCGCCCGAUCCCGAUACCGGCAUUGGCGGCUGGUCCUUUUACGAUUUCGCCAAUGCGAUGAAGCGCGGCGUGGCUCCGGACGGGCGCCACUAUUAUCCAUCCUUCCCCUAUGCGUCCUAUGCGAAGAUGCCGCUGACGGACCUCGCCGACCUCUGGGCCUAUCUGAAGACCCUGCCGGUUCCCGACAGCGCAGCCGAGAUACCCCAAACGCAACUUUCCUUUCCUUUCAAUAUGCGCCGCGGCAUCGGCCUUUGGAAACGCGUCUAUCUGGAAGAGGCUCCGGUCGUCGCCGACGAUGCGCUGGGCGAUGACCCCGUUCUGACGCGCGGCCGCUAUCUGGUCGAAGGUCCGGGCCAUUGCGGCGAGUGCCACACGCCGCGAAACAUCGGGUUGGCCAUGGACGGUUCGCGCUGGCUCGCCGGUGCGCCCAAUCCCGAAGGCGAGGGGCGCGUGCCCAACAUUACCGGGCAUGCCGACGGUUUGGCGGGCUGGACCGAGGACGACAUCGCCUACGGCCUCGAAUCGGGCUUCACGCCGGCGUUCGACUCGAUGGGCGGUUCGAUGGCUUCAGUCGUCAAGAACCUCGCCAACGCGGCCGCCGAAGACCGCGCGGCCAUCGCGGCCUACCUCAAGGCGAUUCCCGAGAUACCUGACGGGUGA